CCCUAAAACGGAGAAAAAUCUGGCGGGAAGCUAAUGUUCUCGAAGCUGCGGACUGAGCCAAACGACGCUGAAGCAAGAUCCCAGUGGUUUACUGCGGAAUCUUUCUUCGUCCUCGUUAUCUAUGGUACUCGACAAAGCAACGCAAUAUUCCUUCUCAAACCGCUUCACACUACAAAGCAAACGACAAAACCGAUCUGCCAUUAUACUCUACUUCGAUAUCAACGUCCGGCUACAUCCUGACGCUCCAGUCCUCCACCUCGCAAUCACCUCGAAACGAUCCGAUGGCGCACCUCGGCCUUUACCUUGCCCUGGAAAACGACGUUUACUGAAAGAAACCACUUGAAUUUUGGCUCCAAAUCUUCCGAUUUCGCGCAUAUUUAAGUUCGUUAGGGUUCAUCAACACCAUUGACAGUAUGAAUCUAUGGAAAUAGCAGUCGAGAGUUUGAUCGGUUCUUAGUGAAACUGGAAACACGAAUCAGUUUUUCUUUUUUCUAGGUGAAAUUGAAGCAAUUGGAAAUGGAAGGUAAAGUUUCUGCGGAGGAUAGGAAGUCUAAGAAGGGGUGGAUCUGGUGGUUGCUUGUGCUCGUGUUCGGUGCUUCAGUUGUAGCUGCAGGCGUCCUCACAAUUUUGAAACAAUUUCAUCAUAAUAAGCGAGACUCAGUCUCGGAUCGUCCCGCGGACAUUGUGAAGAAAUAUGCGGACGCUCUUGAAAUUGCUUUGAAUUUCUUCGAUGUUCAAAAGUCCGGGAUGUUGGUGAAUAACAAGAUUGCAUGGAGAGGGGAUUCGGGACUGCAUGAUGGGAGAGAAGAGGGCUUGGAUUUAACGAAGGGACUCUACGAUGCUGGGGAUCUGAUCAAGUUUGGAUAUCCGAUGGCUUUCACGGCAACAAUGCUGUCGUGGGCGAUUCUUGAAUAUGGUGAUCAGAUGAAUGCAGUGAAGCAGCUUGGGCACGCGCAAGACUCAUUGAAGUGGAUCACAGAUUUUCUUAUCAAUGCCCAUCCUUCUACUAACGUUCUCUAUGUUCAGGUAGGCGAUCCUGAACUGGACCAUAAAUGUUGGGAAAGACCAGAAAACAUGACGGAGCAGCGGCCUCUCAUGCAGGUCAACACCUCUUUCCCAGGAACGGAGGUUGCUGCGGAAACUGCUGCUGCUAUGGCAUCAGCAUCUCUGGUUUUCAAAAAAACCAAUUCCACUUAUGCUGGAUUACUUCUUCUGCAUGCCCAACAACUGUUUACUUUCGCCGAUACUUAUAGAGGUUCUUAUACCGUCAGCAUCCCCCAAGUGCAGAAGUACUACAACUCUACAGGAUAUGGAGAUGAACUCUUAUGGGCAGCCACCUGGCUCUACCAUGCCACUGGAGACCUUUCAUACCUCAGAUAUGUAACUGAAGAAAACGGCAAAGCGUUUGCCAAUUGGGGGAAUCCAACUUGGUUCAGUUGGGAUGACAAGCAUGCUGGAACUCAGGUUCUGCUGUCCAGGGUAGGUUUCUUUGGUAUGAAAGGAAUUUCUGGAGAGGAGAAUAUUGACCUCCAGCUUUACCAGAAAGCUUCAGAGCAUAUCUUGUGUGGGCUUCUUCCAGAUUCACCGACUGCCACAUCAAGCAGGACUGAAAGUGGACUGAUAUGGGUUGAAAAGUGGAACAGCCUGCAGCAUCCUGUUGCGUCUGCGUUCCUAGCUGUUCUAUUUAGUGAUUACAUGAUUACAACACGGACUGAAACACUGUAUUGCAGCGGGAAACUCUAUAAGCCGGCAGAUCUGCGUGAAUUUGCCAUAUCACAGGCAGAUUAUGUUUUGGGGAACAAUCCAAUGAAAAUGAGCUAUCUAGUUGGGUAUGGAAGUGACUACCCUCAAUUUGUGCACCAUAGAGGAUCUUCAAUUCCAAUCGAUGCUAACACUGGGUGCGCUGAUGGAUUCAUUUGGCUCGACUCAGUUACUCCCAAUCCAAAUGUGGCUAUUGGAGCACUGGUUGGUGGUCCCUUCCUGAAUGAAACUUACAUUGAUUCCCGGAACAACUCAAUGCAAGGUGAACCAACUACUUACAACAGUGCUCUAGUUGUUGCCCUUCUCUCUGGCUUGACUGCAUCUUCGUCAGUGGUGCAGUCUUUCCUCCACUAGGGCACUCGACAAUAAUCAAACCUGUAUAUUUUGUACAUGCUCUCUGCAAUCUUUGUUGCCUCAUAGAAUUAGUUUGUCUGGAAGCAUUCAGUCUAACAUGAUCUCGGGUCACAAGAACAAUGUUCACCACACUGGUGAUAGGUAAGACUAGGCCGAAUACCAUGCGGGUAGGGGCCCAGAAGUGGGACAAACUCACGGAAUUAGGAUUCCAUAAGAAAAUAUCUUUAUUGGUUGGUUCAAACUCCCGAUCUCGGACACCACCCUAGGCCAUAAGUUCAGUGUCGACUAUCGCAGAUGUUGCUUUGGUUGAGUUUUAGUGUUUUGGUAUUUGAUCAAUUCGUGUAUGGUUUUGUUGUGAUGUAUUAUAUGUAAGAUACAUUGGUGGAGAUCUUUUGGUGUUUGAUCCCUCAAUUUAAGAUGGUGCCAUAAGAGACCAUCCCAAGCUCAGCCAAUAAAUGCGU